GUGUGACGAAUCGCUUCUAUUUCAGUUUUCUCAACGACGCCCAGUGGCGUGUCAUCGGUCGGACAAUUCGAAGGCCGGCGAACAGAGAACGCUUCGGACAGUUUGUCGGGGAGCGGCUCUACCAAAGCAUUUUGCGCGGUGAGGAGCUGAAGUCGGACGUACCAGACGACAGCCCUGGCGCACCACCGCAGGACAGCUUCGCACCCAUCGGCCAGUGGCCAAAGCUUUCUGCCCUGACGAGGGGAGGCGAUGCUUCAUCCUUGACCGCGGGCGCCAGGCAACUGCUACAGUACCUGCUCGAGCGUGGGUACUGCGAGUCUUUCGAGGUGGGUGAAGCCUCCCAGACAGCUGGCAUUAUCAAGUUUACAACCUUCGUGCGGGGUCCAGUGAACCUGGAUGCCACUGCUUCGCUAAUGCGGAGCAACGAGAACUUCGCCCCCAGAUACGACCAGCGCAUCCUGCAAGCGUACUUUGCAGAGUGCGGCUUCCGCGCAAUUUUCCAGGACGGGUUGGCCGAGAACGCUACAUCGGUCGGGUCGUCCGUUGCGAAAGGCACGCGGGCCUCGUGGACGCUGACACGCGAGACG